GACAAAAGUCGUGCGAAUUAAACUUCAAUAAAGUGGUCCCCACUUCUCCACCACGCACCUCUCUCCUUGUGUGCGUGUUUGAUAGUCACCAUCCUCUCGGAACAGAGUUUCAGACGAAAAAUGACAGCCCAAAUUAUCAGCGGGAAAGAGGUUUCAGCGCAGGUGAGGCAGCGUCUGAAACAGGAUGUGGAGCAGAUGAAGCUCAAGGAUCCCAACUUCAAACCUGGCCUGGUGGUUUUACAGGUUGGAGACCGCGAAGAUUCAAAUCUGUACAUCAGCAUGAAGCUGAAAGCGGCAACAGAGAUUGGAUUAAAUGCAACACAUAUGAGACUUCCCAAAACGGCAACAGAAGAAGAGGUUCUUCACAGCAUCAGAGAGGUGAACGAGAACCCGUUUGUCCACGGCCUCCUCGUGCAGCUGCCUUUAGACUCAAUCCACAAGAUCAACACAGAAAAAGUCACCAAUGCCGUAGCGCCAGAGAAAGAUGUAGAUGGACUGACCAGCAUCAAUGCAGGGAAGCUGUCUCGUGGCGAUCUGGGCGACUGCUUCAUCCCCUGCACACCGAACGGCUGCAUGGAGCUGAUCAAACAGACAGGUGUGUCUGUAGCAGGAAAAAGAGCGGUAGUGCUCGGUCGCAGUAAGAUUGUGGGUGCACCGAUGCACGAUCUGCUGCUGUGGAACCAUGCCACCGUCACCACCUGCCACUCUAAAACUGCAGACCUUGCAGGAGAGGUAGGGAAAGCAGACAUCCUGGUGGUUGGUAUCGGAAAAGCAGAGAUGGUGAAAGGAGACUGGAUUAAGAAGGGAGCGCUGGUCAUCGACUGUGGCAUCAAUCACAUUCCAGAUGAGACGAAGCCCAGUGGGAAGAGGGUGGUGGGUGAUGUCGAGUUUUCUUCAGCCAAGGAGCAGGCGGGCUUCAUCACCCCUGUUCCAGGUGGGGUGGGACCAAUGACUGUGGCCAUGCUGAUGGCGAACACAGUGUUGAGUGCAAAGCGUUUUCUGGAGAGCCACCAGCCGGGGAAGUGGGACAUCACUUACACCCAACUCCACCUCCAGAAGCCCGUGCCAAGCGACAUAGUGAUUUCUCGGUCCUGCGUGCCCAAGCCCAUCGACCUUCUGGCCAGGGAGGUCGGCCUCUUCUCUGAUGAAGUGGCGCUUUAUGGCAAAACCAAGGCCAAGGUGCAGCUGAGGAUCAUGAAGCGACUGCAAUCCCAGCCGGACGGCAAAUACGUGGUGGUCACCGGUAUUACACCCACCCCUCUGGGUGAAGGGAAGAGCACCACCACCAUCGGAUUGGUCCAGGCCAUGGGAGCCCACAUGAAGCUCAAUGUGUUCGCCUGUGUCCGACAGCCUUCUCAGGGACCCACGUUCGGCAUUAAGGGGGGCGCUGCAGGGGGCGGUUAUUCUCAAGUCAUCCCAAUGGAAGAGUUUAACCUCCAUCUUACUGGUGACAUCCACGCCAUCACCGCUGCCAACAACCUGGUGGCUGCAGCCAUCGACGCUCGCAUGUUCCACGAGGCCACGCAGUCCGACAAGGCUUUGUUCAACCGCCUGGUUCCACUCAGCGGAGGACAGAGGAAGUUCUCCCCGAUCCAGAUCAACAGGCUGAAGAAACUGGGUAUAGAGAAGACCGACCCUUCCGCUCUGACCGAUGAGGAGAUCACACGCUUUGCCCGUUUGGACUUUGACCCGAGUUCUAUUACCUGGCAGCGAGUUUUGGACACAAACGAUCGAUUUUUAAGGAAGAUCACGAUCGGCCAGUCUCCAACUGAAAAGGGCCACACCAGAGAGGCCCAGUUUGACAUCACGGUGGCGAGUGAGAUCAUGGCCGUUCUCGCUCUCACCAGCAGCCUGGAGGACAUGCGGUACCGCCUAGCUAAGAUGGUCGUAGGCAGCAGCCGCAGCGGGGCGCCCAUCACCACCGAGGACCUGGGAGUGAGCGGAGCUCUGAGUGUGUUGAUGAAAGAUGCCAUCAAGCCAAACCUGAUGCAGACUUUAGAGGGAACGCCUGUGUUCGUCCACGCGGGUCCCUUCGCCAACAUCGCACACGGAAACUCGUCCAUCUUGGCUGAUAAGAUAGCUCUGAAGCUGGUGGGACCAGAGGGUUUUGUGGUGACAGAAGCUGGUUUUGGUGCCGACAUCGGCAUGGAGAAGUUCUUUAACAUCAAGUGCCGAUACUCGGGCCUGAGACCACAUGUGGUGGUUCUGGUGGCCACGGUCCGAGCCCUGAAGAUGCACGGAGGAGGACCAACAGUCACUGCUGGGAUGCCGCUGCCUAGGGAAUACGUCGAGGAGAACCUUGAUUUGCUGAAAAAUGGCUGCUGCAACAUGAGGAAGCAGAUAGAAAAUGCGAAACUUUUUGGUGUUCCGGUGGUGGUGGCUGUCAAUGCGUUCAAGACCGACACCGAGGCCGAGCUGGACCUGGUCUGCAGCUUGGCCAAAGCUGCGGGAGCUUUUGACGCCGUGCAAUGUUCCCAUUGGGCCGAGGGCGGAGCCGGCGCCGUGGCCCUUGGUCAGGCUGUCCAGAGGGCCAGCGAGGCCCCCAGCAAAUUCACAUUCCUCUAUGAUUUAGAGCUGCCCAUUGCCGAUAAGAUCCGGAUCAUCGCCCAGAAGAUCUACGGAGCCGACGACAUCGAGCUCCUACCCGAGGCCCAACACAAGGUGGAGCUCUACACCAAACAGGGUUUUAGCAACCUUCCAGUCUGCAUGGCGAAGACGCACUUGUCCCUCUCACACGAGGCGGAGAGGAAGGGCGUGCCGACGGGUUUCGUCCUGCCCAUCAGAGACAUCCGAGCGAGUGUGGGCGCUGGCUUUCUCUUCCCAUUGGUUGGCACGAUGCCAACAAUCCCCGGCCUGCCCACCCGACCUUGUUUCUAUGACAUCGAUCUGGAUCCUGACACCGAACAGGUCAACGGACUCUUCUGAAAAAACACCUCUCCUCAGAUUCGCUGAGUUCGGACAUUCCUGACACCCCCCACUGAAUUUUAUAGAACACUGGAAGACGAGUUGUAGCAGGAGGCGCCUGGAGCUGCUUUUAUCCUCCUAUUUUAAUAAGUAGUUUCCUAGAAGGCUCCUAAAGGAAAACCAAAGGAACACGGAGAGCAUUUUGUUCCCUCCUGGGAUGAGAUUUUCUUAAAAACAAAGCACAAUGAUUAGGAAUCCUUUUGUUCCGUUUCAGAUGGAUCUCGGGUCAGUCAGAGAAAUCCUGUGUGAUCUCCACGUGCACACGACUUACCACUAAGUAAAUAAAUAAGGCGUAAACGUAACUCUGAGUUUAAAAGUAUUUGUGAAUAAAUUUACUGAUCAAAUUUCACUUUGAAACGUCGUUUUGUGUUUUUCUUCAAACCAACUGUUGUUCCACACUGGCGUGUUUUAAAUUUCUACUAAUCAGUCAGAGAAAGAGCAAAUAAAGGCUUUUAAACUAAA